CCAAAGUUCCUGGUUAAGCUGCACACGUUUAGCCUUCUGAGAAGCUCAGCAGGGAUGCCCCAGCAGUUACUUGUUCUGUUUCUGUCAUUUCAGCUCACUACAAAUGUUGGUGGCUAUUGGGGAAAGAUUAUUGGAGGCCAUGAAGUAAAACCACACUCCAAGCCUUACAUUGCCUACCUUGAAGUACAAGAUGUAGGUUUACCAUUUCGUUGUGGUGGAUUUCUUGUCAGAGAGGAUUUUGUGGUAACAGCAGCACACUGUAAUGGACAUAUAACUGUUACACUAGGGGCUCAUGAUAUAUCCAAGAAAGAAGCAACACAGCAAAAACUCCAAGUGGAAAGCUACUAUCCUCAUCCAGAGUACAAUGGAUUCGUGCUUCUUAACGACAUUCUAUUACUUAAGUUGAGGAAAAGAGCAGUGCUGAAUGAGAACGUCACCGUCAUUAAGUUGUCUAAGAGCAAUGAAGAUGUACCAGAUGGGACAAAGUGUGUUCUGGCAGGAUGGGGAAGCGUAACUGCCAAUGGAAGACGCGUACCUAAGAAAUUACAGGAGGUCAACAUAACAGUACUUGACUGGAGCAAGUGUAAACAAAUUUAUAACAGACAUCUGACAUCAGAUAUGAUGUGCGCAGGCUAUGAGGAAGGUGCCUGCAUUGGAGAUUCUGGUAGCCCCUUAGUAUGUCAAGAUACUGUCCAAGGUAUUGUGUCCUUUGGAAGAUCGCCAUGUGCGAACAGAACUCCAACAGUUUUUACACAAAUAUCAAAGUAUACCAACUGGAUUCAUGAAAUCAUGGCAAAGAAGAGUGACAUUUUGUAUUCUUAAAGUCCUGCUUUCAAAAGAAGGGUGUUGCUUUUGCCAUUUAAAAUAGAAAAAAAAAACCCCUCCAAGUUUAUAUGUAUCAUUUCGUAAUACUAGCAGCUACUUUUCUGUUGAACAUUUUCAGUCGUGACCUAAUUCUGUCAGCACUAUUCUUACUGAUUUCUGUGAAAGUCAGUAACCAAACCCUGAAGACAGAACAGUGCAGCAUGCCGCUAAGAGAACAGAAGAAUAUGUUCUGAAUAGUAAUCAUUUAUUCACAGAUAAGAGGGACAUUACAUGGGCUGAUUUUAUGUCAAAUUUCUAUUUUGGGAGAGUUAUAAGCAUGUAUCUACUUAAAGAGCAUGUCAUGUCUUAGCAUAUACCUUUAUUUAACAUUGUAUUUCAUUAGCAACUAUAUUACAGUUCAUUUAGUAAGCUAAGAAGAUUGUUUUUUUUCCUCCUAUGACCUUAAUCUGGUAUUUUCUAUAUGAAAAAUAAAACAAAACCAGCAACUAAAAGGCAAGCUGCAGUAAAGAAAGUAACAAUAAAGGUAUAGUAAAAGACCUGGUGCUCAAUGAGCCUGUAAAAUAACUAUCCAUUUCAUCUCCCUGAAGGCUCGGCCUUUACAUCAUUAAUUGACAGUGUUUACUGAUUGGUAGUUUUUUGUUUUAAAAGUGAUUGUGUUUUAGUUUUUGAGUUUGUCAGGAUCUGAUGAAGCACACUUGUGAAAGCACUAAUCCUUUUUAAUAAGCCUGUUUUUUACUUUUGCUGACUUGGACUUUUAUGCCUCAAGCCUUGGUGGACAAGCUGCGUUAUUUCUUUAUUAUUUUCUAUAUGAUACCACAUCAGCUGUCAAUUAUAUUACAAUACUAAACACGUUAUAUUAUUUCACUGUUUCAGCUUGCCUUAUUAAUGUUGUCAGUAUAUGAGACUAGACAUCAUAUGUUAUUUUGCAGUUUGUCAAUAUUGUAGAACUGUAUCCUCAGGACUCCUCUAAAAAGGUAACUUCCUAGCUUGAUAUUUCAUGUUAACUAUUGCAAGUAAAUAAAUAUGCCAAAUCGUCAUAAUGUCAAGAAUUAGCUUGGAUUUUUCAUACAUCAGCAAAACAUUCUGAGCAAACACAGUCAAGUUAUCUCUUAAAAUUUGAAGAUUUUUAUUUAUGUUGUAUUUCUAAUGCUAUAAUAACUCAUGUUAUCAAUAUCAAUACGUACAACAUUUAGUUAGCAGUAUAUUGUUACAGGAAAUAUGGGUCUCCUGUGGCUGAGUUAGCAACAGAAAUAUAAACUCAUGUACUGGGAUAGAGUCUGAGCUGUCUAGGUUUCAACUGUUACAUGCUCCUUCUGUUUCCAUGCUUUACCCCUGUAAUGUCACAUGGGGAAAGCUGUAGCUCUAAGAAUAUUGGAGGGGGUCCUCCUUAGCAGAAAAACAAAAAAACAAAAAAAAUCAUUUUUUGCACCAAAUCAGUGUAGCAAGAUUGUGUCCACUGUUUUCUAUUAUAAGAGGGUUAAUUCAGAGCUCCAUGAGGUUUACUGCAAAAUGAUGUUACAACUGUAUUUCUUUUGUACUUGUUCUUAUGCAAGAUUAAAAAUUAAAUCAAAACAA